AUGGCGGACGGCGAGGCGGCGGCGGCGCCUGAUCCAGGGCUUUCAGCUCGGGGAGCCGGCAUUGCCGGCAGCGCAAAGGGGCUGCUGCAGAAGGGCUUCGACAUGUACGUGCGAGAUCCGUUCGACGCCGCUCACAACCCUCAGGUAGGGGUGUGUGCGUGUGUGCGUGUGUGUGUGUGUGUGAGAGAGAGAGAGAGAGAGAGAGAGAGAGAGAGAGAGUGUUGGUGGUUUUUGCAAGGGGGGUGUAGAAGAAGCCGCUGGUGGGGCAGGACGUGUGCGGGGGGGACUUCUCUGCUAGUGUAUUAAGGAAAUAGGGCGCAGGAUAUAAAACAUGGAGCCAUGGGUGAGUCAAGUCAAGUGCGUGUGACAAGAGUGUGAGAACAGAGGCUUUUGUGGGUGGGUGGGUUUUUUAAAUGGAAAGGUAUUGUGGUAGGGCAACCUUUUCCAGCCCAACGCCCGCAUUCAUCCGAAAUUGCCUUAUAUAGAGACAGGCCGUUGAGUCUAUCAAGCUCAGUAUUGUCAGCACUGACAGGCAGCAGCUCCCUGGAGUUUGGGGUAGGAGUCUCUCCCAGCCCUACCCACAGAUGCUGGGGAUUGAGCCUGCGACCUUCCGCAUGUAAAGCCCAUGAUCUACCACUUAUUAUGGGGAAGUAUGGUGAAUGGGGUCGGAGGCAUAAGUGGGUGGGCAACUGAUGUAAAUUUGAGCUUUAAUCAGUAAAUAACAACAACAACAGUAAUAAUAAUAAACUACCGGUAAUUUCCAUCCACACUCAUCCACAUUUCCUACACUCAUGCAAGCAGCAGGCAUUAUCAGAGUUGAAGGAGAUGUUCUAGCCAGGCAAAAGCAGUCAAGGAGGGUGUGAAGUGUAACUGCUGAGGGGUGUAUGAUGGGGGAAAGUCUGGAGGACCAGAAAGAGAAGCUUGGCUGGACUCAUAGAAGCCAAAUCCUAGAGGCCAAAGUCUCUCCCCCCACCAUAAAAUAUUUGAGGGGGGGCAAAGUUGAUGGGCACUGCCUUUCAAAUGGUGUGUGUGUGUGUCUUGUGAUCAAUUACGCAGGCCAGGGCUUACCUACCCCCCCCCCAAUUUUUUUUUUAUUCAAGUUGGCAUUUGACACUCCUUUGGUUGGGGAUAGUGGGAAGAUGAGGUGAAGUAGAAUGGAGAUGGAGAUGAGAAGUUUUGAGUCUGAGUGAAGAAAUGGCUUGGUUUAUUUUAUUAAACUUCUAUCACUUCACACAGCCAAAAGGGAGUCCCGAAUCUAAGACUAAAAAAUACACUAAAAGUGUUAAUCCAAAAAGUCAGCUAACAAUGUGAAAUCCUCACCCCCAUCCAACACAAAAAUGAAUACCGAAAGCUGAGCACCAAUGGUUGUGCUGUGGAGGAGGGGGGCAUGGAAGAAAGGUUAAGGGGAGCAGAAACACUUGGAAAUGAUGUGUGUGAGGGUUGCAGAAAAAACAAGGGGAUGUGGAGAAAGAGGUGUGGUAAUAAAACACUGUAUGGAAGAAGGUGUGGAAAUGAGGCAAUCUUAAAGACUGUGCAGAUAUGAAGUUUCCAAACCUUGGGUCAGAGUUUUGCAACAGCCUUCAGGAGCAAAGGAUGCAGUUCAUUGCAUACGAUGUAGCAGAGGGGAUACUUUGGAGGAGAGGGGGAGAAGUUGUGGCAGCAGAAAUUGUACUGCUGCUUUUCAGUCUAGGCUCCAAUGGCAAAGUGCCAGCAGGGUCCAAGCAGAAGUAGUUCAAUCUGGUUUGUUCCAGCAUGGGACAGUUACAUUAUCCCCUGACCUGAAAUCUCCUUACUAGAAAUAUGUUGUUGGUGCUGCUGCUUCCAACUUCUGCAGUCUGAUCAGUAGAACAGCUGAGUGUGAACAUAGUUGCUUUCUGUACUCUUAUGUAAGAGAGUCUUGUCCUUUCCAGAGACCUGUUUUUUAAAACAAAGUGGUUGUACAGAUAUUAAAAUGUGGAGUUAAUCUAUGUCUAGAAGACUUCAGUCCUUAAGAAGCAGAAAUGGUGGUUAAGUUGGGAACAUAGAAAGGUGCCUUAAAGAGAGUAUGAAAUUGUUGCUCCUUUGUUUAUAUAGUGGAAAAAAUAUAUAAUGGUGGCAGUUUAUUUUCAUACUGUCCUUUAGACACUAGGUUUAGUUUUCUGACUGGAGGGUCCAUGCAAAAAGUAAACAGAAAAUGUUUUUUUAAAAAAACAACCCUACCAUUAGUGGUGGCUAUCUAAAAUGUCAUUUCUAUUUUCAGGGCAUUUUGAAUUUUGGAACAAGUGAGAACAAGCUUUGCUUUGAUAUAAUACAGGAAAGGGUAAGUUUGGCUUCCCACAUGAACUGUGCAACCUAGUUCUGAAAUUGUGAUCAAUAGGUAGUACUAAUUAGUGGCCAUGAUCAUUUCUUAUGAAUAAUCAAGCACUAUGUUUAAUAACAUUACCCAUGCAGCGUGCAAGCCCUGGACUGGGCCAGCAGGUCAGAGUGGCAAAUCGGCCCCUGCAUUUUAAACCUUGUUGGCUUACUCCAACCAGGACAGAAAGUGAGGAGAGACUGUGAUAUCUUUUGCUGUUCCGGCUCCAGGCUAGUGCAGCUGAGGAGCCAAAAUCAGGCCCAGCUCUGAGAAAUGGGUUGGUUUUCAUCCAAGAUCAGCUAAGACAGCUUAACUUGAAAAAAUUUGAUAAACUGUGGGAAAUAUAAAUAGCAAUGUGUGAAUCUAACUACCUUUCAUAUAAUUAAAAACUUUAAUUGUCUCUUUUUUAAAAAAUGACAGCUCGUAAAACCUGACAUGGCUUAUCUGGAACCUCACUUACUUCAGUAUUCAGAUACACAAGGCAUUAAAAGGUAACAAAAUUUGCUUAGCAUUUCAAUCUAUUUUUUAUAACAGCUACCUGUUUUUCUAGUUCGUUAAACAUUUCAAAAACUAAAAUUGACAUUGUGCAGGAGAUUUAAGCUGUUCUAUAGAGGUCCUCUUAAAAUAAAUGGUUGUGGCUUACAGACGUAUUUUCUUUUGAGGCAGUACUGUUAGUGCUUGGAGCCUGCUUAUAACACUGCAUAAAUGUCUAGUUGUUGUUUGAACACAUUUAAUAGAAAUAGGUUCAAUGGUACGUAAAUGAAUGUUCUUUCGUGCACUUGUUUGGUAUUGCUUCCCUCAAUUUACAGUGUUGUUUGAUAGUUCUGGAAUUCAGAUUUCUGGACUCAGUCCAAAAUCAAGUUUCAGAAAUGGGGCAUUUUUAAAAAUGUGAUCCUCUACAUAUGUUUACUUUUAAAAUAAGUUCUGUGCAAUCCUGCUUCUAAAGAAAUCAGUAGCAAAAUUUCAAUUGAAUUUAAUAAAAAGAAUAAGUUAAAGUUGUUCCAGAACUAACAUUAUAUAUGAAUAUGUUGAUGCAAAUUUUCUGACUGUGUUAAUUUUAAACUUUAGUUUUAGAGAAGAAAUUGCAAAGUUUCUUACGGAAUAUGCAAAAGCUCCAACAGCACUAGAUCCAGAUCAUGUAAGGAACCACGUUGCUUUCCUUUCCUUUAAUUUUGUGAAACUUUGCUGAAUCUUUCAUAAGAUCUGAAAUGAGGGUAUAGCAAAAGUUACUACUUUUAAAUCAUUUUGGAAACUCUGCAACACUGAGAAUGUAUCAGGUUGUUAUUGCAGAUAGAAUUUUAUGUUAAAGCCAGUACCUAAAAUAAAUUUAUCAGAGGGAGCUCUCAUAACUUUGCUUAAGAUACCCAUUUGUCUUCAAAUAAUGACACUCAACUUUGAUACAUUCAGAUACAAAGGCAAAUUGUUUGAAAAUAUUGGGUGAUAUCUAAUAUUCAGCUAAUGAACCAAAUUCUUACUUCCCCUACCACUUACAUUUUACUACCCACAUGUCAAUCACCUGAUAUCACACUGCCCUCAGAUGAUGAUCGUCAGGACUUCAAAACACCACGCAUAGAGGCUCAUUGCACAGCUUCAGCAAGAAGCUGGAAUAAGGACAUUAUUCCUGUAGCUUUUCCAAGCGACUGAAGGCUUUUAUCCAAGAGCCUGCUAAGCCCCACCCUAGGUAGGCACUGCUGUUGAUCUCUCAGCUAUUGAACUCUCAGUAGUGUUGGGUCUACUCAUGAGGAAGCAGCUCCUCACAAGUAACUUAUCAUUCUCAAGGAGGUAUUGGCUUUCAGGUGGACUGCUUGGUCCUGCCCUUUCAUCUGUCAGUGCUCUCUGAGAGUUGGAGGUAACUCAGCUUCUGCCUCUCAACCCUCUAUAUAUAGGAUACGGCAGCUGCUGGGAUGUGGCAUUGCCUGAUAGUCCUGCUUCAGCCUUGGUGCUGUCUGACCCCACCUGAAUGUCUGUGCGAUUCCCUCCAGGGAGUACCAGGCCCUCCUCUGGUGAGGAUUCCUCUAGCACGGUCAUGAAAUGUCAGCUGAUUGACAGUGAAAGCCAGCCUCCCUUGCCAACAACAGGAGUGCAUUUUAAGCGUCCCAUUUUUUGAUUGGCUGCUGCACAGCUGAUAUCGCAUGGUAUCAGGUGUGGAGCAGGUGAGCAUGAUUUGGGGGAAAUGGCCUUAUGGGCCAAAUCAGGACCCAUGCCAGGCCUAAUAAAGCCAACGGACUAGAGGUUCCCCACCCUUUAACUAAGUCAUACUCAGAAUAGAUCCACUGAAAUCAAUUGACUUACAUACGCUUUCCUUCUUUACACUUCUAAAAAGUGGCAGAUUGCUAAACUUAGUGCUUGGAUUACCUCUGUAAAACGAGGAGGUCAGACAUAGCACUCUUCUCAGACAUUGACUCUGCAAACAACAUACCCUACUCACUCCAGUGCCAUCUUAGAUGGUCAUUGCCAGGGACAUAGAUCUAGGCAACCACUUGGAAAUCAGAGCUACUAAAUGGUACAUAAUUAAUGGAUAUUCUGUUGGUCUGUGUUUAUAUCAUAUAUAAUAGACCAUUGAACCCAUAAUUUCAAUUACAUUAUAGCUCAACAAAACUUUUCAAUGACUGAUUGGAUACCAGCCAAUAGAAUUCAAAUAUACAAGAGGAAUUAAGGGUUGGUUGUUUUGAAGUUACAGUGGUUCAUUUUUAAAUUUGGUUUGAGUUGUUGACAUUUGUAUAUGAUAUCCUUGCCUUAGACUUGUCUUUAAUUUCUUAAAAUAAAUUUAGCUGCUUUUGUAGUUUUGUUAAUUGUAUCUUGCUAUUUUGUCUUCUGUUUCUAGUUUAUAGUUUUGAAUGGCUGCUGUGCCGUCUUUGCUACGCUUUCAACUGUGUUGUGUGAUCCUGGAGGUAAGGGGGCAUGAAUAUGUAUCACAUAUUGUAGCAGUUAUUUAGUGGUAAUUAGUGCCUGAACAUCUUAAAGAACGUAUAAAAUCUUGUUCACUCUGCUGAUAAUGGCUAAAUCAGGCUUCCUCAACCUUGGCCCUCCGGAUGUUUUUGGCCUACAACUCCCAUGAUCUCUAGCUAACAGGACCAGUGGUCAGGGAUGAUGGGAAUUGUAGUCUCAAAACAUCUGGAGGGCCAAGGUUGAGGAAGCCUGGGCUAAAUCAUGUAGAAAAUGAACUGCUUCAUUGCUUUAUUUUAUGUGCCCUUUGAGUAAGCUAAAAAUAGUUUAAAUUAUGUGAAGUACAUACUAGCAGAAUGAAACUAUUGGUCUGCCCCCCCUUUCUAAUAUUAUAGUAGAGUCUUAACAAUUGGUUAAUGACAAUAAAAUUAUAUGUGGAAUGGGAUAAAACCUCUACUAUGAAAUUUGUGUCACUUUUUUUAGUAUGCUAGUAAGAGUAUUCAUUUAGGAAUAGCACAGACCUGCAAGUGGUUCACACAAUGUUUUUUUUUCCUAUUCUAGCAGCACAGUGAUUAUGUACAAAGAUUUUGAAAGUAGUAGUCUGAAGAUGUGUGUAAGAUGAAGGCAAAAUAAUUUAUCACUGUUUUUUAACAAACUAGUAAAAUACUUUGUUUAAAAAGAAAGUAAACCUCCAUUAUUUAUUCUUUUUAUAGAUGGGUAUCUGAUUCCUACCCCAUAUUAUGGUGGAAUAAACUCCAAAACGUGGCUGUAUGGUGGAAUGCAACCUGUCCAUGUGCCCUUGUUCAGUGAGGUAAAUAUUUACUAAAUAUUCCCUUUCUUAUAAAUACUGAUAUGUUGUCUAUGAAUGAACACAAUUAUAUAAAGCCCAAGCAACAAAACAACUAUUGACUAUGGAAACCAAACUGUAGACAUGUCCCUUCUUGUAUGACUGUGCUAUAUGUUUUGGCAAAUAAGUUUACUAUGGAUGUUGUCUCAUACACAAGUGUGUAUAUAGCAGAGGUGGCAACAAACUGUCCUACAGAAGUCUUGACUGUUUUACUCAGUCUUUUUAGUGUGUGUGUGUGUGUGUGUGUGUGUGUGUGUGUGUCUAUCCAUUAAUCAUCAUUUUCAGAGAGUAACAGUUUCCUGGGAUGACAUAAUGUCACCACUGCCCUUGAUCCAAGCAUCCUCAAAGAACCGUAGAGUUUUUUGAACUCCCUUUUACCUCCACCAGAACAAGUUGAAAAGGGAGUGUCUGCAUUGAGUUCAUCCCAACAAACAAUAAAAUGAAAGCUCCAUCACUGUUUAAGCCACAUCCACCAUAACUUGCUUGUGCAUUUUGCUGUUUCCCCCCUCAAAUUAAAUUUAUUAUUAUUAUUAUUAUUAUUUAUUUAUUUAUUUAUUUAUUUAUACCCCGUCCAUCUGGCUGAGUUUCCCCAGCCACUCUGGGUGGCUUCCAACAGAAUAUUAAAAUACAAUAAUCUAUUAAACAUCAAAAGCUUCCCUAAACAGGGCUGCCUUCAGAUGUCUUCUAAAAGUCUGAUAAGUUUUUCUCUUUGACAUCUGGUGGGAGGGCGUUCCGCAGGGCGGGUGCCACUACUGAGAAGGUCCUCUGCCUGGUUCCCAGUAACUUCACUUCUCACAGCAAGGGAACAGGCAGAAGACCAAGACCAUUUAUGGCUUUAAAGGUCAGCACCAACACUUUGUGAAAAUAAAUAGGUAUUCUGAGCAGAUUGCAUUGUUUUACUGAAUUUCUGUCUUUGAACACCUUUUGAAAUGUUUAUGCAGGUGACUAAUGAAGAAAGUCAACCAUUUCAGUUAACUAUUGAAAAAUUAGAAACUGCACAUCAGAGAGCCAUAGAACAGGUAGGAAUAUUUUGUACCGAACUCCAACUAUUGUGCUUUCAGUUCAAUACUUCCUUAUCAACUUUCCAGUGAAAUAUAUCCUAUUAGAAAUGUAAAUUGAUAAAUCUCCUUUUUCUUUUCAUGUGCACAAAUUGCCCAAAAGCAGAUUGUCAUGUCAUUCUAAUGUAUCGUUUUCAAGAAUGAAACUAGAAUCCUAAAUUAUAUAUUUCCUGUUCUUAUGUGAGCCCAUUAAAAUAUUUGCAAGUAAUAAAUGGAGCAAUUCAUAUUAAACUUAAUACUUACCUUUUACAAACUGCUUUAGUUACUUCCCUUGAUUUUCAAAGUAGUUCAUCUUUUCUGCUUUUGUUUCUUGGUUUUUUUCUUAAGUAGCUUGAAGCUACUAGGUGACAGAAUCUUUUCACAGGAGAAAAUGUACUGAAAAUAGUGAAUGGGAUUCAACUGUCAUGCUUGGAGUAGACCCAUCAAAAUCGACAAGACUUAAGUUAGUCAUGACUAAUGUAAGUACUACUAAUUUCAGUAGGUCUGCUCUAAGCAUGACAGUCUAGACCUAACCCUGUAUGUUUUAGUUACGCUGAAAUUACAGAAUUUACAUAAUAAUUUGGUCAUAAGAAAUUUUAUUUCCUACCUGAACAUAUUUCCAUUUAAACAUGUUUUAGUAACAUUAGUUUAAAAAGAAUCCUAGUUUUACAGUCUUUCUAUACACUGGUGUUAUAUAUACAUUUCUUCAAGAAUACAAUCAUUUAAUGUAUUACAUCAGAUCUAUAGUUUUGUAAAUUAAGUCAUUUGAAUUAUAGCAGAUGAAAUUUAAAAUCAUAACUAAAUAACAAAAUGCCAUGCUGUGAUGAAAAUGAAAUGUGAUGCCAUGAAAAUGUGAUACUGGGAUAUGUUUUAGGGUUAUAAAGGAAUAUGUAUGCUCAUAUUCAGUCAAGAAACUUCAAUACUUGGCACUUUAUGAAAGGAUGGCAAUUUUGCAGACUCGCUACUCCUUUGUUUGAGGUCAUGAUGGCGUCCCCGACUAUCAGUUUUUCUUUUUUCAGGGCAUCAGAGUCAGAGCUUUAAUCCUGAUCAACCCUCACAAUCCAUUAGGGGACAUUUACCCAGCACAGUUACUGAAAGAAUGUCUAGACUUUGCACACAGGUUUGAGUCCUAGCGCUAUUUGUUUGGGCUUUUAAUUUUCUAUGAUGCAGUAUGUUAGUUUUGAAAGUUAUUUUGGUAAUUUCCUUAGUUCAUUUGGCAUAUGGCCAUAAGAAGGUUUGUUCAGAAAAUUCAUUUAUGGUAAUAGUCAUCUAUGGUUAUUAGUAGCAUUGAAAAACAUUAGAAUUCUUAAAUUGGCAAACUUUGUUUCUGAACGUAUAACUAUGGUGGAGAUGGCUUUACGUGCCGCUAAAAUUUUUUUCCUGUAUGCGUAAAGCCUGACUAUAUUGAUUCUUUAAAACAUAUGUCAUAAAUAUGAGAACUGGUAAUUACCAAAAUAAGUAGUGGUAAGAGUGUUUAAUACGGAUACAUACGUUGAUUUGAAAAGUAAGUUUGAACCAAUUUAUGAAAUGAAGCAUUCUUGUAAUCUGUAACUUGUCCGUCCAGUCUGUAGAAUUCUAUAUGGAACAUGAAUUAAUAAAUUAUUUUUAUCUUUCUCAAAGAAGGAUCCCUAAUGUUUCCUUUAAAUUUCAAUACAUUUUCUCAUACUUCCCCCUAAUGUCUAUUUUUUAUCCUUGGCCACAUUCUUGUAAUGCUUACUCUGAAAUCCUAUGUACACUUACUUGGACAUAAGUCUCACUAUGUUCAGUGACCCUUCCUCCUCCUUAGUUUAUCCGCGAAAGGACUCCAUCCUCCUUGCUUGUUCCAUUUUCUAGCAUACCUGCCCUUCCCACCAAUCUACAUGAAAUGGGCUAAUUUUUUUACAUGUGGCUUAUUUCUAAUGAAGGUAACAACUAGCUCAGUCAGUAGAACAUUAGACUCUUCAUCUUAGGGUCGUGGGCUUGAGCCCCAUGUUGGGCAAAAGAUUCCUGCAUAGCAGUGAGUUGGGCCACAUGACCCUUGUGGUCCUUUCCAACUCUAUGAUUCUAACUAAAGUGGUUAUUAGAUAUUUAGUAAGCCUCAAAACAUGGCACAAUUCUUUUCACUUCAGCAUGACACUGCAUGAGACUUGGGGAUGCAGUCUGCGUCUGAAGGUGAAAACUAAGAAUCUGGUGUUUUUAAUUUUUUACAAAAAAAACCACACUUUAAUUGGUUACUUAUACUUUUGUGAUAUUUAAGCAUCUUUCUGUCAGUCACAUACUUCUGAAUGCCUGCUAAUAUUGGGAAUAAGAAUUCAGUUUGAUGUGUUUUCUGGCUUGUGCAUGCAUAUAUAAUAAGCUGUGUGGUGUGUGUUUUCUGGCCUUUAUAUCUUAAUUGUGCAAUAUAUUACAUAUGGAUACUUGGUUCUUAACUUCCCGCUUUUAUAUAUCACUAUUCAGUUUUUAAAAACAUUUUGCUUUAUAUUAAGUACAGUGGUGCCUCGCAAGACGAAAUUAAUUCGUUCCGCGAGUUUUUUCGUCUAGCGAAUUUUUCGUCUUGCGAAGCACGAAAUCCCAUAGGAAUGCAUUGAAAUUCAAUUAAUGCAUUCCUAUGGUCAAAAAAAGUCCAAACAAAGCCAAAUUUGGUACAACAAGAGUUUAUUAAGUGCUCUUUAAAGUCACACAUACUGUAAAGAGCAUUUCAAAAAUUGAAGGAACAAUAAAAAUCAGAAAAAUUCAGAAAAAAACCACACAAGCUUCCAGAUUCUUGCAAACCCCUCCUCAACUGUUCCCCCAGCCACCCACCACACAGAAAUUCAAACCCAGAAUUUUUUUUUAAAAAAAACAGCAGAGUGGCUGAAUGGUCACAAAAAAUCAUAAAAAUGCAGAAAAAAAACCACACAAGCUUCCAGAUUCUUGCACACCCCUCCCCAACACCAAGUCCUUGAAUUCCAAACACCCCAACCCAAAAUCCAAAAAUUCCAAAAAAAGUUUUAAAAGUUUAACUUACCAAAUGGCUGCAAAAGAAGUUUUGGAAAAGCUUCAAAAAUCGCCAAAGUCUUCAAAAACCUCAAAAAAGGCUACCACACCGCGUGCUAUGAGUUGCUCCUCGAAGUCAAGUCGCAACUGCACCUCUUCAAGCAAUGCACCUUGGGUUUUAAUGGUUUUACGAAAAAGGAAACAAACUUGCAAGACGUUUUCGUCUUGCAAAGCAAGCCCAUAGGGAAAUUCGUCUCGCGAAGCAGCUCAAAAACCGCAAAACCCUUUCGUCUAGCGAGUUUUUUGUCUUGCGAGGCAUUCGUCUUGCGGGGCACCACUGUAGCAGUAUUUUCGGUGCCUCCUCCACAAGAGGGUUGGAGGGUGGCAACACUGAAACACUUCUCUGCAGUGGCUCCCUGUUUGUGGAAUGCUCUCCCCAAGGAGGCUCGCCUGGGACCUUCAUUACAUAUCAUCGGGUGCCAGGCAAAAACGUUUCUCUUCAGCCAGGCAUUUGGCUGAUUAACAUUCUAUGGCCUUUUAAAUGUGUCUGUGGGAUGAGAGUUAUUGGUUGCUUUUGUUUUUGUUUUAUUAUGUAUUUUAUGUUUCCAUUUUGUAUUUUUAUUUUGUGAACUUCCCUUUAAACUUUGGAAGAAGGGCAGUAAACAUAUUUAAUUAAUAAUAAUAACAACAACUGGAUUGAGUAUAGAAUAUGCAGCUUUCUAAGGAAUUUGCUAAGCAGCAAUUGCAGUAAUGAAUGCAUAUAUAUAUAUAUAUAUAUAUAUAUAUAUAUAUAUAUAUAUAUAAAAAAAACUUUAAUGACUUAUGUGUGUGUCUUUCUUUACAUAGACAUAAAUUACAUGUAAUAAUGGAUGAAAUUUAUAUGCUGUCUGUAUAUGGAGAUACCACAUUCACAAGCAUUCUUAGCUUGGAGAGGUGAGUGUACCUUCCUGUUGCUUUUUUAGAAAAAAAUAAUGUCAGCUUUUUAGUUGAGUAACAUAGCAAAUCUCUUCUGUUUGUUUAUAUAUGCACACAUAGUCUACCAGUUACUGUAUGCAUAAAUUAUUAUUUCGAAGUAAUUACUGUAUUGGUGAUGUGGUAGCAUAUGUAUGAUUUUCAAGGGUUGGUAGACUUUUUUUGUCUUGCCAUUCUCCGACAAAAUCCUGCAUGUCAAUUGAUUUAGGACUAAGCAGACCAUUGCUCAUAUGUGAAUUCAAUGCUAACUACUAUUGUAGUGAUGCGGGUGGUGCUGUGGGUUAAACCACAGAGCCUAAGGCUUGCCGAUCAGAAGGUCGGCGGUUCGAAUCUCCGUGACGGGGUGAGCUCCCGUUGCUCGGUCUCUGCUCCUGCCAACCUAGCAGUUCAAAAGCAUGUCAAAGUGCAAAAAGUUACUGCUCUGGCGGGAAGGUAAACGGCGUUUCCGUGCGCUGCUCUGGUUCGCCAGAAGCGGCUUAGUCAUGCUGGCCACAUGACCCGGAAGCUGUACGCCGGCUCCCUCAGCCAGUAAAGCGAGAUGAGCGCCACAACCCCAGAGUCGGCCACGACUGGACCGAAUGGUCAGGGGUCCUUUUACCUUUACUAUUGUGGCUAUUAUGCUUCCUCUGCAUGCCAGGGGCUCCUCAUACAGGUCUGUUGUAACUCUGCCCGGUGUGCAUGCAUGCUGUAACGUGUUAGGUCACUUAGUGCAAGCCAAAAUUCUUCCAUGUCUCACUUGGAAGUAUCUAGUGUCAAGUUCCUUUCUGGACUUUUACAUAUGUUGCAUGCUUUGAGGAGAGUGGGAUGGAGCUGAGUAGCAACUGGUCAUUGGUGAAGUAAGAGAGAGCCUGCUUUGCAAGUAAUGUGCCCAGCGCAGCAGGGCUGCAGCCAUCACAGGGGUAGCAGGAAAGUAUAAAAUUAUGGCGAAAUACAUCUGCACCCUGUUGUCCACAUGCUGAAGGAGCGGGACUAUUGACUGUAUUCCUUCAUGUGGAAAGUAAAUUAUACCUUCUUUAGCGUGGAUGGGGGGGAGACUGCCAUCCAGUGCCCUCCAUCUUGGGCUCCUUUGGAGGAAGGUUGGGGUGAAAACAUAAAAAAUAAAUAGAACAUAAUUAGAACUUCCUUGAUCCAGAUUUCUGUAUGUACUUCAAUGCACAUGCACACAGGGAUUUGCAUUCAUUUCUGUGGAGAGCACAGAACAUGUGCUGUCUGUUCUGUGGAUUUCUAUAGCUCCAAUAUUUUGCUGGGUCAGGGUAAAUUGCCAUUGUCCUUACGAUUGAAAAGUGUUGAUUUCCCCACCCCAAAUAAACGUAAGACAUUAAUUAUCUUGAAAUCUUUCUCUUUAGUUUACCAGAUCCAGACCGGACACACUUUAUGUGGGGAUUUAGUAAGGUAGGUUAGAAAUAGUUGUUAUCAAUAUUUCUUCAAAAUGUACUUGAAUUCUUGAAACUGUCAAAUUCUUUCAUCUACCCAAUGCAUUGUUCCAAAAAAUCUUGUAUGUCAGAACUUAAAACCUACAGUGUAAUCAUGGAUUAUAAUGUUUGCCUCUGCCACAGUUGUACAGCAGGUCUAGCCAUUAGUGGAAGAUGGUAUUCUGUUAUAAACUCAGUAUCAUUUGCAACUAUCCCAAGAACUAUCCGGCAACUAGGUGGCUCACCAGAAGCUGGCCAGUAGACUAUGAAUUACUUUAUGCUCUUCCAUAGUUUAGGAUAUGACUUGCAGUGCAGUGCAAACCUUAUGGAUGUUUAUUUCGAUGUAAAUUCUACUCCAAAAUAAAUAAAUUGCAGCCUUAGGGUGGCUUCUGAUUGCUUAGGCUGCAGAAUAUCCAUUUAUAAUCUCUCACCAUGUGGGAGCUGCAACUACAUGUUGAUUUGGUUAACUCUAGCAACCAGUGACAGGUUCCUUGCUUGCUACAAAAAUAGGGGGUUUGAGAGGGCCAAGCAAGGUUGGCUGUAAACAACCAGGACCCUUUGUGGAUGCAAGUGCCACAUAUUGUUUAUAAUUUCACUUGUUCUACCACACUGGAAAUCUAAAACUAGACUUCAGGGAUCAUCAUAUGGGUUUCAGCCAAAAAUUCUAACCUAAUGAAAUACUUUAUGCAAAUCAAAUCAAUUAUUCUGCUUUUGUUUCUUAAUACGUAAAUGGACUUUAAAACAUUUUGUAUAGAAUGUUAAGUGCUUUGAAACUUGAGAAAUUAUAUUUUAUUACAAGAAUCAGAAAUUAUUUAGCCUUCAUUGGAUAAUGCUAAUUUGGAUAGAAAUGAGCUUUGUGUAUGAAUUAACAUUUUAGAGAGACUUUUUUAAUUACAAACUUUCCCCCCUUCCCUUUCAAGGAUUUUGGCAUGUGUGGCAUCAGAGUUGGAGUAUUAUACACCAGAAAUCAUGAGGUCAGGAAAGCAGUUAAUCAGCUGGCUGUUUUCCAUGGUUGUCCUGGACCAGUGCAAUAUGUUCUCAGCCAGUUCCUUCGUGACAGAGGUUAGCAAACUUGAAAGUGCACAAACACACAUGGCCCUGAUUCCAAGUAAUGAACACCAGUCCUCACACUAUGUAGUUACUGCAGACCAGAAAAAUCCAGCUCUGUUUUUUUCACUGUGCCUGGCUAAACCAUGAUCUAGCCAGCUUUAUUCCUCAGUUUCAAAUUAUUUAUGAACUACAUUCAUUUUUAUUUAUUAGCUAUAUUGUUGAAGUUGGUGUAAAGUGGCUGAAUUGGUGCACUAUGGGUUAAACCACAGAGCCUAGGACUUGCCAAUCAGAAGGUCGGUGGUUCGAAUCCCCACGACGGGGUGAGCUCCCGUUGCUCAGUCCCUGCUCCUGCCAACCUAGCAGUUCGAAAGCACAUCAAAGUGCAAGUAGAUAAAUAGAUACCACUGCGGCGGGAAGCUAAACGGCGUUUCCGUGCGCUGCUCUGGUUCGCCACAAGCUGCUUAGUCAUGCUGGCCACAUGACCCGGAAGCUGUACGCCGGCUCCCUCGGCCAAUAAAGCGAGAUGAGCGCCGCAACCCCAGAGUCGGUCACAACUGAACCUAAUGGUCAGGGGUCCCUUUACCUUUACCUUUACCAUCUGAGCAACCAGGGAACAAGUUCUGUACAGGACCUGUCUCAUCUUGCUUUGGCUUGCCUGUAGUUACCUUGCCAUCAUUAACUAUUAGGACUGAUGCCAGCAAAACAGAAUUUCCAGAUUAGUUAACUCGUUUAGCUGGUGAUGUGAAACGCCUCUCUCCUUGAAAACUACUGCCAGUUACAGUAGACAGUGCUGGGUUGGAUGAACAAAUAGUCUGACCUGGAAUAAGAAUUUUCUUAACUUCAUAAUACUGCAAACAAAAACUCUCUUAAUCACAUAAGCUACUUUUUACACUUUACAUUUGCCAUGCAGGAUCCCUUUAACAGAGUGCCUGCUGUUCCCAAUGUUCCCCACCCCUUAAUUUGUCAAAGUACUACUAAGACUGAAUAAUACAAAGGGGGGGGGGGAACAGUGUGGUCUGAUUUGUUCUCUUAUUUUGGCAGAAUGGCUGGAUAAUGUGUUUUUCCCAACCAAUAAAAGAAGACUUAAGGAAGCACAGAACAUUCUUGUGGAUGGUCUUGCAGAGAUGGGAAUACCUGUUUUAAAAAGCUCAGGAGGAUUAUAUGUGUGGGCUGACUUCAGAAAAGUACGUGGAGGACCUGGAGGGCUCAGGGAGGGUGGAUUAAAGGAUAUAAAUACAAUUGGCUGUAUUGUGGCUGGUCUUGUGAGCUCCUUCCUUCCUGCCGGGCUUUGUAUUCAAAAUAGGACCUGCCCCUCCCAGUGAGACAUUGAGAGGUCAUAGGCUUAUGAGCAAACCCAAUCGGAAGAAUGCAUCAUCACAGUGCUAUCCGGCACUUCUUGUCUGCGACUGGACCAGUCCCCUGCCCCUUGUACGUGCACAGUCUCAAAGUGCACCAGGUUUUCAUUAUUGAUAAGACAAGACCUUGGAGCUCCCCACCCUGCACCCUUAAAAGAGGCUUUUGAAAAAAGUACUUUUCAUUAAUUUUGGACAUAGUUAAGGUCCUAAACCAUCAGAGGAAGGAGGGAUGGAGGCUGGUGCUCCCUGCAGUACACCUGACCAUCAUUUAAGGUGCCCCAGCAUGCUGUAGCACAUCGGUUGAAAACCACUGAAUUAAAUCAUAACAUGCCAAACAAUAAAUAAAUGGUGCAGCAUCUGGUCCUAAAUAAUAUUUUGAGUAAUUGGCUAAGCAAGAAAAAUAAUAGAGCACCAAGGCUUCAAUUUAACUCAAGAGAUGCUUUGAUAAACCUGAUCUUUUGGUUCUUUUGAGAGUGGGGAGGUCAAGUGCUUUGUUUGCUAAUGUGGCAUUUAGUUAACAUGUAUUUUUGUUUUCUCUUAGUUCUUAAAGUCACAGACAUUUGAAGCUGAAAUGGAUUUAUGGUGGAAAAUUCUUGGUGAAAAGCUGCUCAUUAGUCCUGGGAAAGCCUUUUGCUGUUAUGAACCUGGAUGGUUUAGGCUGGUCUUCUCAGAUUCUAUAGACAAAAUCUACUUGUGUAAGUUUCAAUUCUAUAAAAGGGUUCGCUCUACGCGGGGCUGCCCUUGAAGCCGUCCCAGAAACUCCAGCGGGUACAGAAUGCAGCAGCGAGGCUCCUCACGGGGUCUCUGCCAUGGGAGCAUAUUCACCCAGUGCUUUUCAAACUGCACUUGCUCCCGGUAGAGUACAGGGUCAGAUUUAAGGUGCUGCUUUUGACCUUUAAAGCCCUUCACGGCCUAGGACCCUCGUACCUACAGGACCGCCUCUCCCGGUAUGCCCCACGGAGAGCCUCAAGGUCCAUAAAUAACAACACCCUAGUGGUCCCAGGCCCUAAGGAAGUUAGAUUAGCUUCAACCAGAGCCAGGGCCUUUUCAACACUGGCUCCGGCCUGGUGGGAUGCUCUGCCUCAUGAGACCAGGGCCCUGCAGGAUCUGAUUUCUUUCCGCAGGAACUGUAAGACAGAGUUGUUCCACCUGGCCUUUGGCUUGGAGCCAAUUUGAUUCCCUCCCCCUCUUUCUUUUUUCUUUCUCCUCCUGUGAUGAGGCUGCAUUUUAAUAUUUUAAUGUUUCAAUAUUUUAAUGUUGUAUUUUAAUCUUGUUUUUAAGUUGUAUUCAUUCAACUUGUUUUUAUUAUUGCUUGUUAGCCGCCCUGAGCCCGGCCUUGGCUGGGGAGGGCGGGGUAUAAAUAAAAAUUAUUAUUAUUAUUAUUAUCUGAUCUCUUUCUCCUUUCUCAUCCUUCACUCAGCUAUAUGCACUGCCAUAGACUUUCAAGCCAUCAAGGAAUAUAUACAGCCUUACAAUAUGUUCUGUACUGCAUACAAGCAGACAUUUAGGAAAUAUCUUAUGUCUUUAAAAUGUUUAUGUUGCUUCCUUUUUGUAGGUAUCCAGAGACUUCAGCAAAUGCUACGUGAUAAAAUAGAUGAACCUAUAGCUUCAUCUCAUGAAGAAAAUGAGCAUAUUGAAUUAGAUGAUGAAACUUCAGCCAACUACAUAAAUACAUCAGUGGAUGAUGUCUCCGAAGGAUAUUCACACUUGAAGAAAAUAGCUGUCUUCUAA